UAGAAAAUUUCAAUCAAGUACAACAUAUUAAAUAUACCCUCUUAAUUUCAAUAUGAUUACAUAGAUUAACCCGCUACCUGCUAAUGACGUACAAAUUAUGAUAAAGUGUCAAUAAAUUACAGCCUGCCUUCAUGUUUGUAGAAUUUAUAUGUUAAGUGUGAUUUGUAAUAAGUAGGUAUAAUUAUGUAGAUAGGUACUAGAAGUUUGGUGGGUAGAAUAACGUCGGUAUUAACGGCCAUUAAAUAUAGGUAUAAAAAAGAUAGAUACAGGUAGUCGAGCCAAUUAUUAUAACAAUUUAAGUCUCAUUGUAGGUAAACUCGGAGUCACGGAGAACCUAACGGGUUACCGGGGCUCUGGCUCGACGUGCAGGAGAAGGAACAGGGUGGUUUUUAGUUAUUAAGACUCUGACACUCCCUCCCCCAUUUUCCCCCCUUAAAAAAGUGUAGGUAAACAGUGUUCACAGAAAAAAGACUUUGUUAGUCAUUUACAGACUUUUCAAAACGUAUUAAUAGAUACCUAAUCACCAGUUAGGUACCAGUUCAUCACUACCGUGACUGUGACCACCACUCAUCGGACCUCGCCUAAAAAGUCUACGCACAAUCCCCGUUUUCAAAUUGUUUCAUAUAUUAUAUUCAAAGAUCUUUAAUUUUUUCCCAAAGUUGCUUGUACUGUGUUGUUGAUUUAAAUGUGCCUUUUCAUCUUCAUUUUUUUAAAGUUGGCUUCAAAGGCUCGUAUCUCAUCUACGUAUUUUAUAAAAAAUAUGACUAAAGUCAAUCUUGUCUAUGUUUGACUGACUGACGGAUUGAUGGAAAAGUGACGCAAGAAGUCAAAUUUGGAAUUUUUAGAAGCUGUAUUUUUAUUAUUUUCGUUAGAUUAAGUUGAAUUAUUGAGUUAAUUCCUAAAUUGAAAUUUAUUUUGAUAAAUAUUAUGUUGUUGUUAUACAUCAAAUGAAAAGUAGUUAUAAAUUAAUUAAAGUACAAUGGGAGGUUGUCGUUGCAGUUACCGUACGUGUUCAUUACGGACUGAUGGGAAAACACACAUGUUUCACUACCCCGUAUUUGACAAAGUACGUUGUCAUCAAUGGAUAACAAAUGCACGGAAAUUAGAAUUUCUCAAUUUGAAAGUUUCGCAGUUAAGGAAUAGAGUUGUUUGUCAACAUCAUUUCAAAGAUGAAAACUUUAUGAACUUCAAGAAAGACAAACUCACAUUUGAUGCAGUACCUACGGAAGAUGGACCCUUCUGUGAUGCCAGUGAGUCAGACAAAGCAAAGGCUGAACAAGAUGAAAGCAAGGUGUUCAGCAUAUCUCUGGAUGAUAUUGAAAAUGAAUAUUUAACCAUUGGUGACAAAAAAGCUAAUUUUUCAGUGAAAUAUGGUGAUUUCUUAACUAAUUGUGAAUUAAUGGACUUAAAUUCCUUAAAUACAACCAACCAGGCAAAGGAUAACAGUCAAAUUGAUUUAAACGAUAACACUAAACUGAUACCAGUUAUAACGAAAGAUUUGGUUCUUCCUAAGAAACCUGUAAAAUGUGUGCAACCUCAGAUACGCAAAAGUACCAGAGGAAAACAACUUAAAACUUUUGAGAAGAGUGUCCCAAAUAAUUCUAGUGUUAAGGAGAAUAUAAUAAAUCAUGAUUUGUUCCAAGACACAAUGCAACCUAAUGUAAUAGAAUUAAGUAAACAAAGUGAAAUACAACAAUCAGACCUAGAAAGAAAUGCUAUAAACUUUACAAUUAAUGUGUCAGAAGUACCAGUUGAGUUCUCUACAUCAGUAUGUCAAGAAGAUAAACCUGAUGAAACAAAGUUUAGCAUCAAUCAUUUAAAUCAAAUACAACUGAUUGAAGAAAAACUCGAUGAACCAAGUCAUAAAGAUAAUCAGCCAGGUGAAACUAAUCUUAAUCAUGAAUCAAAUAAAAAUAUCAAUCAAUUAGUAGCAGUUGAAAUGUUAAAUAAACCAAAUGAGACAACCAAUACCAACAGAAGUUUGCUUAAAGAAACUAAAAAGAUAAAAAUAAUAUCUGAGAAAAAGAUAGUAAACCCUAGGCCUAUAUUUGGAAAACUAGAACCAGUGUCACCUACCAGAGUUUUAACAUUUCCAAAUAAAAGAAAAGUUUUUAAUUCUAAGCCUACAUCUGGUAUAGAAUUAGUGAAAGUAUCAGUAGCGGAGGAAAUACCAAUGAGAGCAGAGAGAAACCCAGUUACUGAGACAAAUUCAUCAGCAGGAAACAUUGUUGAAAAAUUUAACAAUAAGUCUGAAGUUAUUGAUUUAAGUGAAGGUAUAACAACCACUGAAGUACCGAAAACCGUAAUGAUUAAAACCAGGAAUGCUAAUAAUAUAGCACCAACAACUUCAUUGUUAAAGAAUAAAAUACCUCCAGAGAGAGUAGCUGCUAUAGCAGAGAAACGAAAAUUCAACAUGAAAUUACGAGAUAUAGUUGAAGACUGUUUAGACAAGUUAGAUGAACCACAAAAAACUGAUUACGAAAAGAGACCUACAUUACAAGAAACCAGAUUACUUCAAAGUAAAAAGCGACAAGUUGCGUCUCAUCUCUCUGAAGAAUCACAACUACCUAACGUACAAGACUAUACAUUGGCUUUCCUAGAAGCUAGAAUGAAAAAAAUGGAAAAUAAUUUACUUAAUAAGAUAGAGGAAAAUUCUCAGAGAAUAUUGGAGUUAAAACAAGCAUAUGCACCGUCUAAUUCUAAGAGAUCUGUGCACACACAAACACAAGUUGGUGAAGAUGUACAUAAGAGACAUUUGUAUCAGGAACUGUCUAAAUAUUUAAGCCAAGAAGCUAACAGUUUAUUGUACGAAGAACUUUUUAUAAAUAAAUAUACUAAGGAUAUGCCUAAAUGUUCCUCUCCGAAACGACGGAAACGUAGGUGAUGAAUGUUGUUUGUUAUGAAUAAAAUUAGCUAGCAUAAUAUGAUGUUGAAAUACUUUAAUUACAUAUUUAUAAUUAUCUGA